AAUUUUUCAUUUCUUUGGCACAGGUUCAAAACCUUUCAUGCCUCCAUGCCAUGCCAUGCAUGUGUCUAUUUCAAACGAGUUUUGUAUUGGUUCGGACACGGUACACACGUAUUUUAUGAUCGGUGGUAACCAUGGAGUUUUAUCCGAAACGAGAGAUUCCUGUAUGUGACGUUUGUCAGGAGCCAGCCAACCAGACUUGUGGAGGAUGUAAGCUGGUGUAUUACUGCUCCAAAGCUCACCAGAAGAUCGGCUGGCGGGAAGGCCACAAGUUCAACUGCCGAGCCUUCAAAGUGCAGUAUUCGGAUAGCUUCGGAAGACACAUGGUAGCGACUAGAGACAUCAAGCAAGGAGAGAUCAUCCUGAAGGAGAAACCGGCAGUGAUUGGACCGAAGAUCUCUUGCACACCGCAGUGUCUGACGUGUGGUAAGAAGCUAAGUCCUAUGCAAGUCGGAAACACGCUAGACUUUUACAAAUGUUCCUUGUGUAAUUGGCCCAUGUGUGACUCCGUUUGCGAACAAUCAGAGGUCCACAGCGAGCAGGAGUGCAAGAUAAUGACGAAAAGAAAAUAUAAAUGUGACAUAAAAUACGAGAGACCAGACAAACUGGAGGCAGCAUACUGUGUUAUAGCACCGCUUCGAGUGAUGCUACUGAAAGAAACGAAUCCAAAACAGUUUGAAAAUGUCAUGAACCUGGAAACGCAUUUGGAGGACAGAAUAAACACCCCUCUUUAUUUGGUUUUAAAGGCUAAUCUCGUUACGUUUAUAGUUCAAGUACUCGAAUUGCCGUUUACAGAAGAAACUAUUCUGAAAGUUGCAUCUAUAUUCGAUACGAAUUCGUUCGAUGUACGAUCGCACGAUGGAUGCAAAAGGUUGCGUGCUAUUUAUGUCACUGCAUCAAUGAUGAACCAUAACUGUAGGCCCAAUACGAGACAUAUUUAUCUGGGUGAUGAUCACAUAUUGGCUUUGAUAGCGACCGUGCCGAUUGCCAAAGGUGAAAUGAUUACAGCGACUUACACGAAUUCCUUGUGGGGGACUCUCGAUAGGCGAAGACAUUUGAGGACAAUGAAAUGCUUCGACUGUGAAUGUAAGAGAUGCGCCGAUCCUACAGAAUUUGGAACAUACUUAGGAAAUAUAUUCUGUUCAUUGUGUAAUAGUCCGUACAAAGUUGACACUACAACUCGAGGUGCGAUGUUGGUAUCCACAAAUCCAUUCGACGAAUCUGCUCCGUGGAAAUGUGAAAAGUGUAGCCAUAUUAUUCAAGGCCGCCAAAUGGUUUGGGGUAACAAUGCUCUCAAAGAUGAACUCAAUAAAUUAAAUAAGACUGGACCCACACAUCUCGAAGAGUUUUUGGACAAGUACAAAGAGACGCUACAUCCAACUAACCAUUUGGUGGUUCAAGCUAAGAUGGGCUUGAUGCAGAUUUAUGGAAAUUACAAAGGAUACACCUUAGCAGAAAUGUCAGAUCUUCUAAUAAAGCGUAAGAUUGACCUAUGCCAUGAACUUUUGGAGGUGGCAGAUAAAAUAGAGCCAGGCUGGUCCAGGUUCCGAGGCACGAUACUUCUGGAACUGCAAUCAGCAUUAGUUGUUCAAACUAAGAGAGAAUAUGAAGCUGGAAUAUUAACAAAGGCGGGAGCACAAGAUCAACUUAUGCAAAGCAUGGACCUGCUGCAGGAAGCAGUUAACAUUCUUAGACAAGAGCCACACAUGAAAGACACCCUACAAAUUAAAGUUAAAGAACUAACUACAUUACUGGAUAGUACUAGCGAAUCAACUGUAGAUUUGUGAAUCUAUAGUAGAUUCGCUAUAUAAAUGAAAGUAAAAUUCCUGUAAACACUUUGUAUUUCGCAUCUACUUAUUAAUAAAGUAUUUA